CCACCCAGCACAGGGUGCAAAGCACUUCAGGAGACUCUUGAGGUCGUCUUCCCCCUGCAGCUGAGCAGAGAGCCAUGAAUCCUGGUUACUCCAACGAAGCGUCCCCUGGACAGCCUGGGGGCCCCACGGGAUUUCAGCAUGUCGUAGUGAACGUCCCCGCUGAGCCCCAAAAAGAUUAUCUGGUCUGGUCGCUGUGCACCUUCGUCUACGCAAACUUCUGCUGUCUCGGACUGGGGGCUCUCAUUUACUCCGUCAGGGCCAGAGACCGUAAGGUGGUUGGAGAUCAGAAUGGAGCCAAACGUGACGCCUCCUGCGCUCGUGUUUUCAACAUCGUGGCGACGGUCCUGACGUCUCUGACUCUCUUCAUUGUCAUCGUUGUGCAGAUCGCCGCAGUUGUGAAAUUGGCGCAAUAUACAAGCCAGAGAGGCCGUUGGGGUGGAUAUUAACCACCUUGUGCAAUUAUCCAACGCCAUGCUCUGGUUUCACUCUGACAUCAACAUGAAACUGUUUUGCAGUGGCAGUGCAGCCUAAAGCGGUGAAGGAGCGUUUCAUUUCUGUAAAGUUUGCUUAAUCAGCCAAACAGCAGAAUGUGUCCUUGCUCACAUGAAUAAAAAGCUUGUUUCACGACAAUAAAAA